AUGAGUGACGCCGAUACGGGUGAGCCACCGGCAAAGAAGAACUUUGCCGAUGCUUUGGCCAAAGCCAAGGCCAUCGCCGAGAAAAUCAAGGGCAAGCGACAGAGUGUCGAUGGCGCUCCCACUGGCAUGGGCAUGGGCAUGGGCAUGGGCGUGGGCAUGGGCGUGGGCAUGGGCAUGGCACCCGUCUCUGCCAUGGCUGUUGGUGGUGUGGCUGCACCUCCCGCCAUUCACCACGUUGUCUGGAACGAGCCACUGGAGCUGAAGGACGUGGAUGCCAGCAGCAUUGUGACCGUGGAGAUGACCGUCCCGGGUGCCCACGUGGGGCGCAUCAUUGGUCGUGGCGGUGAGACCAUCAAUCGCCUUCAAAACCAGUCUGGAAGCCGCAUCCAGGUGGCUCAGGAUUUGGGUCAGCCUAUGCGCCCUUGCACGUUGACUGGUGUUCCUGAUUCGGUUCAACGAGCCAAGGUGCUGAUUGAAGAGAUUGUACGAGAGCACAUGCAACCGUUUGGACCAGGCGCCGGCGGUCCCGGCGGCAACGCCAGUGGGCCCACCACCGCCUCCCUCAUGGCGAGUGCCUAUGGCACGGCACCCGAUGGUGAUGGUGCUGACCCAAAUGCCAACGCUGAAACUGAGACCAUGAUGGUUCCAGCUGAGCGCGCUGGCUUUCUCAUUGGUCGCGGCGGUGAAACCAUCAACAUGAUCCAGACACGCAGUGGUGCGCGUCUCAAAAUGGUCCAGGAAGACCCUCACGCUGCUGAGCGGCUAUUGUACAUGAUGGGCGACGCCGAGGCCAUUAAGCGCGCGCGCGAGUUGGUGGCAGACCUGCUUGCCGAAAAGCCUUCCGCUCCCCAAGAAGCGCCUCCCAUGCCCACAAGCUACGAUGAGAAUAACCGUCACCUUCGGCUCAAGAUUGAGGUACCUGGCGUGGCAGCAGGCCGUGUGAUUGGGCGCGGUGGUGAGACCAUUCGCCGUAUCGAGGCGGACACGGGCUGCCGCAUCCAGUUUGAUCAAGCUGAUGGUGUGGGUCUUGGACCGAACGACGCACGAAUUGCCACUCUGACGGGCAAUCAGGACGCAAUUGAAGCGGCCGAGCAGGCUAUUGUUGGUAUCAUCCGUGACGCUGAGCGACCUGAUGCUGGCCCGCCGUCCCGACGUGCAGACUCGCGGCCCACUGAUACCAUCGCCAUUCCGGCCGAGCGUGCUGGCUUUAUCAUUGGCAAAGGUGGUGAGACUAUCCGUUCCAUUCAGGAUCAGACGGGCGUGCACCUUGAACUGGAUCGCAAUUCAGAGGCUGGAAACGAAAAGAUCUUUAUCAUCCGCGGCAACCCAGACCAAAUCGAACACUGCAAGAUGGUGAUUCGUGACAUGCUGGCUCGACGCGAGUCAGGCCCAGGUGGACCUCGUGGAGGCCCACACAGGUCAUCCUAUGGAGGCCCCCCGCCAGGCUACUUCCCACCUGGUGGCCCACCACCAGGUCCAGGUGGAUACCCUGGAUACAACAUGUAUCCGGGCCCGCCCCGCCCCGGCUUUGGUGGCCCACCCCCACCUGGCGGUCCUGGCGGAGCACCUCCACCACCAAGCUCUGGAGGGCCACCGACCGAGGGUGCAGCGCCUGCUGAUCAAGCCACCGCCGCGCCUGGAGCACACUCCGAGGCAUCGUCGAACACUGCUGCCGCCCAACAGCAACCGCCACCCCCACAGCAACAGUAUCACCAACAUCCGCCGCCACAACAAAACUACCCGUCCCACUACCAGCAACCGCCACCGCAGCAGUAUGGCUACCAAGCACAACCGCAGUAUGGUGCUCCGGCACCAGGUUACCCAACCCAUGAGCAAUACAUGCAAUACAAGGACUGGUAUAACGCUCAGGGCUAUUAUGGCGUGCCACCCACGGGUUAUGCUGCUCCGCAAGCAGCGACUGCUACCACGACUGUCGAUGCUAACGCCGCCGCCGCUGCUGCUGCCGCAUGGGCUGCGCAGCGUCAGGCGCAGCAACAAGCACAGGCGCAAGCUCAGCAGCAAAGUCAACCCCCUGCGUCUGACGCAGCCGGAAGCAGCGCAAGCGCCUAAGUUGCGGCCUUUCAUGUUUCCAGCGUGUUGUCUCUAUUGACUUCAAGAGGCCUUAUAACUCGUCUGCACUCGCCACACGAGCUUUGAUGCCUCGGCGCCGACUCGGCGCUCUGUUUGUUGUUUGUGUGCUUGUUCUUCCUUUAUGUCUUUAUCUCCUACUACGUUUGAAUGAACCCACUAGAAGCACAACAACUGCCUCACACAACGUGUAAAAGGAAUUGUCGUUGCUCCCUCUUAAUUUGACCAAUCAUAUCCUC